AUGACAACGAAACGUAACAAAGGUUUAACUUCAAUUGAUCGUGGUAUAUCACUUCCUUCACAUUAUCGUACUGAUCCGAGAAUAUCUGAUGAUACUGAAGCGAUACGUACGAAUACAGAUAAUCGAUGGACAAAAGAGGAUAUAGCCAAUAUAUUCUAUGGAUCUAAUAAUAUAAAUGAUGUAUCAAAAUUAGCUACAUCAGCACGACCUAAUGUUGAAAUUUUACGUGCUAAUUCACCUACAUUUAAACGUUUAGUAGCUACACGAAUAAAACUUGAUAAAUAUCUUAUUUCAAUUUCAAAUAUUAAUUCAACUAGUCGACAAUCAAAUCAUACCGGAAAUGAAACAUCAUCUGUAUCAAAUCAUGAAAAACAAACAACAACAAAUAUACGUACAUCAUCAUCACUACAAAAACGUAUUAGAUCUCAAAAAAUUCUUAGUAGUGGACCACUUGAUAGAAUAACUUAUGAAAAAACUUCUUCACAUAAUGGUAAUAUUAAACAAAAAUGUUCCUUAGAAAUUUGGUUACCGAAACCUGAUUCUGAUGACGAUGAUGAUUUUGAUGAGAGUGUUGGAAAUAUUAUAGGUCGAAUAACACCACCAGAUCUUAAACUACUUGAAAAAAAAUCUCAAUCACCACAAUCAAUAUCUAUUAAAAGUCGUCGAUCAAGUAUAAUGAAACUAACAACAAAUGUUGAAACAAAAUCAAUCGAUGAAACAUCUUCAAAAAAAUCUGAACCUCUUGUUAUACCUCGUGUUUAUCAUUAUGAAGAUUAUCUAACAGAUCAAUCUGAAGAACGACCGCGUUCAGGUAAAAGUGGUCAUACAACUAAAUCAGAUGGUAAAGGAUCAAGUAAAAGUAUUAAACAUCAACGUACACGUUCACAUACUCAUCGUCUAUCGUCUUCAGCAAAUCAUACAGAAGAAACAGUUCAAUCGGUUGUAUCAGAAAAACCUAUGUCAUCAAAAAAUUUACUUGCAAAUAUUAAACAAACAUCUACUAAUCAUGAAUCAAAAAGUACAUCAGGAUCUAAUAAUUCGUCAAUGAUCAAUGAACUUAUGAAAAAAUAUUCAAUGAUUAAAAGAAAUCAUCAAGAAUUAACACAAGCAAAACUAAAACUUGAAAAACCACAUAAUGAUUCAAAAACUAAUACGCAGAUAACGAAAGAUCCUUCUCUUCCAACACCUCCCUCAUUAGAUUCAGCAUCACUUACUUCUUCUGAUUAUCUAUCAGUUUCGGUUAAAAAACUUCUUAGUGAUAAUUCACCACCUCGAUCAGCUGGAGUUUACAAUAAUACUAAUACAAAAACACUUGAUCGUUAUUCAGCACAUCGUAAACCAUCGAAUUCUGAUAUUUUACCUCAAACAGGUAUAAUUUCUAUUGUUAAACAUUUUCAAAAUCGUCAAACAUCAGCUUCUACAUCUACUGCUAUCUUACCGGCAGUUGUUGGAAAGAAAAAUGAUGAUCCAUUUCGUUAUUUAGAACGUAGUAAAACACUUGAUGUUGUCUUUGAUAUUCCUAUUGAUAAUUCAAAUAAAAUUUCAUCAAGUUUACCUGUUCGUCCAGACAGUCCGGAAAAUGUUUCUAAUUCACAUAAUUUGUUACAACGUAAAAUUCAUGGAGAUGAACAAAUAUCUAAACGUGUUUCUAAACGAUCUUUACCACCUGUAUCAUUCACUCUUCGUUCUGAAGAGCAACAUCAAAAAGAACAAAUUGUUCAACCUCUCGUUCAAUUAGUUCAAUAUCGAAAUAUUCAAAAUUCAGCACAACGUUAUCAUCAUUCUGCGCAUUCUUCAAAAUCUACAGGUGUUUCAACAACUAAAGCGCUCGUCCAUUUAAAAUAUAGUAAUAGUGGAAAUACAGAUCGUAGUUGUCUUGUACCUGAAUAG